AUGGCGACUUCGAACAAUCCGCGGAAAUUCAGCGAGAAGAUUGCGCUGCACAACCAGAAGCAAGCGGAGGAGACGGCGGCCUUCGAGGAGGUCAUGAAGGACCUGAGCUUGACGCGGGCCGCGCGGCUCCAGCUCCAGAAGUCGCAGUACCUGCAGCUGGGCCCAAGCCGUGGCCAGUACUAUGGCGGCUCCCUGCCGAACGUCAACCAGAUUGGCAGCGGCAGCAUGGACCUACCCUUCCAGACCCCCUUCCAGUCCUCGGGCCUGGACACCAGCCGGACCACCCGGCACCAUGGGCUGGUAGACAGAGUGUGCCGGGAGCGCGGCCGGCUCGGCUCCCCGCACCGCCGACCCCUGUCAGUAGACAAGCAUGGGCGGCAGGUGGACAGCUGUCCCUACGGCACCGUGUAUCUCUCGCCGCCAGCAGACAGCAGCUGGAGAAGGACCAAUUCUGACUCCGCCCUGCACCAGAGCACAAUGACACCCACCCCACCAGACUCCUUCACGGGUGGGUCACAGGACACACACCAGAAAAGAGUUUUACUAUUAACGGUCCCAGGAAUGGAGGAGACCUCAUCAGAAGUAGACAAAAACCUUUCAAAGCAAACGUGGGACACGAAGAAGACGGGGUCUAGGCCUAAGUCCUGCGAGGUUCCUGGAAUCAACAUUUUCCCGUCUGCCGACCAGGAAACCACAACCACCCUGAUCCCUGCCACCCAUAACACAGGGGGCUCACUGCCCGACCUGACCAACAUCCAUUUCCCCUCACCACUGCCCACCCCGCUGGACCCUGAGGAGCCCCCCUUCCCCGCCCUGAGCAGCUCCAGCAGCACUGGCAACCUCGCGGCCAACCUGACACACCUGGGUCUCAGCGGUGCACCCCAAGGAAUGACCACGCCAGGCUCCUCACCACAGCACCACCAGCCAGGCGUCGGCCCCCUGUCUUUGAGCACGGAUGCCAGACGGCCGCAGGCCCAGCAGGUGCCACCCACCCUGUCCCCACUGUCACCCAUCACUCAGCUGAUGCCCAGUGCCAGCCUGCCUCGUGGCCCACAGCUGCCUCCACUCCCGGUCACCCUGCCAUCCUCACUGCCCCCAUCCCCAGCUGAAAGCCCUGGCCAGCCGCCCCUGGGGAUUGACGUUGCAUCGGCACCGUCCCUGCAGCAGUACCGCACGAGUGCCGGCUCCCCAGCCAACCAGUCUCCCACCUCACCUGUCUCCAACCAAGGCUUCUCCCCUGGGAGCUCCCCACAGCACUCCUCCACGUUGGGCAGCGUCUUUGGGGACUCCUAUUAUGAGCAGCAGAUGGCAGCCAGGCAGGCCAACGCCCUGUCCCACCAGCUGGAGCAGUUCAACAUGGUAGAGGGAGCCAUCAGCUCAGGCAGCGUGUACAGCCCUGGCUCGACGCUCAGCUACUCACAGGCCGCCAUGAUGGGGCUCACGGGCAGCCACGGCAGCUUGCCAGACACCACGCCACUGGGGUACCCGAGCCAUGGAGGCAUCCCUAACAUCAUCCUCACAGUAACCGGAGAGUCCCCUCCCAGCCUCUCUAAAGAACUGACCAGCUCGCUGGCCGGCGUCGGUGACGUCAGCUUUGACGCCGACGCCCAGUUCCCCCUGGACGAGCUCAAGAUCGACCCUCUGACCCUGGACGGGCUGCACAUGCUCAAUGACCCCGACAUGGUCCUGACUGACCCAGCCACCGAGGACACCUUCCGGAUGGACCGUCUCUGA